AUGUCAUUCAAGUUCUUAAAACACUCACAUAUUCCAUCUAAAAAGUGGUUUUACAACAAUCUAAAGGGAGAAUCAGUUUCAUCAAACGAUUAUAAUGAAAUGGUAUUCACUCACACCAACCUGUACGAUUUGCUGAACGACUACAACAAUUUGGAUGUGAAGCCAAGCGUAGAAGCGACAAAGAAGCUGGGUAAUUUCUUUCAGUCGUUGAAUCUUGAUAUCCACAAAAACAGCAUCUUUGUUCCUAGACUCACUCUGAAAUAUCUCUGGCACACAAAAAGCAAAGACUGCAAGUUUCAGUUAUUCAAAGGGAAUGAAGAAUUGUACCACAAAUACAGAGAUAAUCUGGUUGGUGGUCCAACUUUGACACAGGCACAUGUCAAACCAGAUCACAAAAGUAACAGAUUAGUUGAAAGUAUGUUUGGUGAGACGAUGAUGUUUGCUACUAAACUGCUGAAAUGGUAUCUUGAGCAUGGAUUGGUUGUUUCAAAUAUUGCUUUUGCUGUAAGAUACAUACGUAAAGCACAUUUCAAGUCGUUUUCUGAGCAAGUAUCAAAUGAGUGA